AGUCCAGUUCUACCCCCAGAGCGUAAAGAAAGAAAUGACCCCCAAAUUAUCAAAAUAAAAAUUUUAGGGUUUCUCUGCUCUGCUUUGCAAUCCGUCGAUUUCCAGAAUCUAGACGAAGGAAGAAGAGUGUACUGGGCUACAGACAGCAAGCUGGAGUUCUACUGGGUUACAUUGCAUGUUGUUCUCCGUUUCUUGUAGGCUUCUUCUAGUAUAAUCUAUGACAAUUUAGCUUAAUGGAACAAAAGGGCUUGUAUAGUAUAAACUGAAAUCGACUUUUCGUGCAAGCACAAAAGGAUACGAGUUAGUUUCAUGGAAGACAGGGGGAAGCGUAAGUUAUUGGCUACUACUGCAAGUCGUCAAGGCCAAGCAGUUAGAGCUGCUACCGAGGGUUUGAUUGAUAGGCUGAGUAAUCUUCCGGACCAUGUGGCUCAUCACAUUCUUUCGUUCCUUGCUAUUAAAGACCUUACUUGUUUCGGCUGUGUGUCCAAAAGAUGCCGAGAAUUUUAUCUGUCAACUCCGUCAUUGAAUUUUGAUGGAUUUUCCUGGAAGGACUUACGGACUUAUGAUAAGAGGUUGAGGUUGUGGAGUUAUUUGGAUAGGUACUUGUUUCAUCGUGGGGUUAAUAGGAUAGAGCGCUUUUGUAUUUACUGGGAACUUUACUAUGCGGACCAACAACAAAGCUUACGUGAAGAUGAGAGAUUUCGUUUGGACAAAUGGAUCUACAAUGCCAUAAGGUAUAAUGUUGAAUUCCUUGACAUCAAGUAUUUGGGUUGGGAGGCACUGCCCUUUCCUCCUUGCGUCUUACUUAGUGGAUCUUUGAAAUCUCUGUCUGUGCAUAUGAAUGGUAUGAUUUUUAAAGCACCCUCACUCGCUUCUUUCUCUAAUCUGGAAUGCUUGAAGUUGCGAGGUGUUAUUCUAGUAGAUGAGGGGCUUUUCAAAUGGAUCUCGUGUUCAUGCAAAUGCAUUAAGGAAUUGUCUCUUAAAUAUGUUUGUGGGAAGGGGACAAAGAAUUUCACUAUUGAAAGCACAUCUUUGGAAUCAUUGUGCAUUGAAUGGGUUUCUAGUAUCUGUUAUCUUUACAUUACCGGUGAGAAGCUUAGAAAAAUAACUAUCGACUGGAGAUUUGGCUUACUUACAGACAAACCACAUACAGAUAAAUCAUUAAAUAUCUGUGCUCCGAAUCUCAACAGUUUAAACUGGACCGGGAGUUUGAUGAAUCAGCCUAACCUUGGAAGAUUAGAAUGUUUAGAAGAAGCUAAGAUUUGUCUUCUGCCUAGUGAUGAUGAUUUUGUCUAUGUAUCUGAGGUUCUUUCCUGCUUAUCCAGUGCUAAAGUUCUUACACUGAACGACGAGACUACGAUGGUUCUGUUCAAGGGAGGUUCCAUGCCAUUGCUAAAGAAUGUUUGUUAUUUGUGUAUUCAUAUUGAAGGCUUUCUUGAUAAUCUAGUCCCUGCAAUGACCUCCCUUUUGGGAGGAAUGUCUAAGUUGAGUACAUUAAUCAUAAAGUCUGAUUCAUUCUUCUGUGGCCCUAAAGCUGAUUGUCGUGGGUUUAAUAUGGGAUACUGGAAGAUGCAAAACACUGCUUUUAUUUAUCAGCUCAAGGAGGUUACCGUAGAGCUUACCCAUGGGUCUAAUGGAAUCGAGUUUGCAAGAUAUAUCCUUGAACACGCUCAGAAUUUGAAUAAAAUGACACUUGUGCAUCCACCACAGCUCUCUAAUGCUAUGAGGAAGUUAAAGAAAAGCAAGAUGGCUUCCAACAUCACACUGGACUUUCAGGAAGAUCAAGAAAGAGGACCUCAGAAACGAAGAAGAAGGGUUGUCUGAUGAUGAUAAUGUAAACGCGCUCACCAGAUAAAGGAUCAUAAUGCGGCAGCAGUAGUUUUACAGACGUUGUCUUAUCUUAGUCCAGAGAGGUCCACAAGAGCAACUGGUCUGUUUCUCUGGCUUUGUUAUGGACGCUCAAUCCUUUCGGCAUGCAGUUUUUGACUGUUGUUUUUGGUUCCAAGUCUCUUGCUAGCAUGUCAUUGCUGUUUUCCUUAAUUGAGAACCAAUGUUCAGUAUGUUUACAACUAUAGUAUUUCGUUCCAUGUACAGUUUCAAUCGAAGUAUGCUAUUAGUUUCAUCUAAA